GUUUUUUCAGUGUAGAAAGUCAUAGAGAGACACAGAGAGAGAGAGACAAAGAGAGAGAGAAAGAGAGGUAGAGAGAGAGAUACAAAGAGAGAGAGAGAGAGCAAGACAGAGAGAAAGUAGUAAAGAGAGGUGAAGAGAGAGAGAGGUAGACAGAGAGAGAGAGACAGAGAGAGGUAAAAUUUUGUUUGUUUUCAGUUGUAAAACUCUGAAAUAUGACGCAGGGUUGACUGACCGCUCGGCCGGGAAAUAGGAGCUGCUGAAAGUUUGGGCUUUUGCGCCAAUACCCAGCGCAGGGCCCGCCCCUUCCUCCUCCUGCUCCUCCCCCUCCCUAUGAAACCCCUCCCCUCGGUCUGAUGUGGGCUGGGCUUAGCCGUGUUGUCCCAAUGUGAUCGCAGUCUGCACACACUGUCCUGCUGGAGCUCUGAGUGCUGCUGAGGGUUUGAGUCUGAGCUUCCUUCUGUAAAGUAUCUCUACAGUACUUUUUCUGUACAGUACUGUAGAACCACAUUACUGGAGCAGGAGGGGAGAGUGGGUCAAUCUGGAGAACCUGAGAGAAGAUCUGGAGAUCUGGUGGAUGGAACAAGAUCAGAAGACUGUAGGAUAACAGAGUGACAGCAGGGAGAAGUUCUGAUAGGAGCUGGUGAGACAGUAGCUGGUUCUUGGCCAGUUGUUGAGCUAGUUAGUAGUAGAAGUAGGAGAAGAAGCUUGACCUUGAUCCAAAGUAUUGGGCAGAACUUUUUGACCAGUCUGUUGAUUUCUUUUUCUGUCCAAUUUGGAGACUGACAGCAGCCAAGAGACUACUGAACUUGUGAACUGGUAAACCGGCAAAUCAAUAAACUGGUGUCUCAAGCUUCGGUCUAAACCUGGACAUCAUGUUUGACUGCAUGGAGGCUCUGGGUGUUGGUGCCAGGCCCCUCUUCGGCGUGUCCUCCCAGGGUUCCUGCAUGCUCCGCAAGGCCAGCUCCUUCUUCUCUGGCCUGGAACCCUUCGCCUGGUCCAGCAGCACCAGCACCAACCUGCAGUCGGUGGAAACUCAGAGUACCAGUUCGGAGGAGAUGGUGCCCAGCUCGCCGUCCCCGCCCCCUCCCCCGCGCGUCUAUAAGCCCUGUUUCGUGUGCCAGGACAAGUCCUCGGGGUACCACUACGGAGUCAGCUCCUGCGAAGGCUGCAAGGGCUUCUUUCGUCGCAGUAUCCAGAAGAACAUGGUGUACACCUGCCACAGGGACAAGAACUGCCAGAUCAAUAAAGUUACCCGCAACCGCUGCCAGUACUGCCGCCUACAGAAGUGCUUCGAGGUUGGCAUGUCUAAAGAAGCGGUGCGGAAUGACCGGAAUAAGAAGAAGAAGGAUGUGAAGGAGGAGGUGGUCCUGCCUGAAAGCUACGAGCUGAGUGGAGAACUGGAGGAGUUGAUCAACAAAAUCAGCAAAGCCCACCGUGAAACCUUCCCGUCGCUGUGUCAGCUGGGCAAAUACACUACUAACUCCAGUGCCGACCACAGGGUUCAGCUGGAUCUGGGUUUGUGGGAUAAGUUCAGUGAGCUCUCCACUAAGUGCAUUAUAAAGAUAGUAGAUUUCGCCAAGCAGCUGCCCGGAUUCACCACCCUCACCAUCGCAGACCAAAUCACCCUGCUCAAAUCUGCCUGCCUCGACAUCCUGAUGUUGCGGAUCUGUACGAGGUACACCCCGGAGCAGGACACCAUGACCUUCUCGGACGGUCUGACCCUCAACCGAACCCAAAUGCACAACGCCGGGUUCGGACCGCUCACUGACCUCGUGUUUGCCUUCGCUGGCCAGCUACUUCCUCUAGAGAUGGACGAUACAGAGACUGGCCUCCUCAGCGCCAUCUGCCUUAUCUGUGGAGAUCGUAUGGACCUGGAGGAGCCUCAGAAAGUGGACCGGUUGCAGGAGCCUCUGCUGGAGGCGUUAAAGAUCUACGCCAGAAGACGGCGCCCCAACAAACCCCACAUGUUCCCCCGCAUGCUCAUGAAGGUCACCGACCUCCGAGGCAUCAGCACUAAAGGAGCAGAACGAGCCAUCACACUGAAGAUGGAGAUCCCGGGCCCCAUGCCUCCUCUGAUCCGUGAGAUGCUGGAGAACCCGGAGGCCUUCGAGGAUAGCAGCGACUCCGGGGAUAGUGCAGCAGCAGCCGCCCCGCUACCACCCCCCGCCAUCCAGGCCAUCAAACGGGAGCGGGACGAGGACUCGGCACCCGACGAGGAGGAGGAUGAGGAGGAUGACAGCAGGGAAGAGGACAGGGAGAGGGGCGGGGACAGUGAGGAUGAAAACUGGAACCUUCCGCAGGUAGAAGUGGGCGGGGCCAGGAAAAACACCACGGGCAGAGCACAGUGAUUGGUGAAGACUGUUGAAGGUGUGUGAGUGAGUGUGUGUGUGUGUGUGUGCAGGAGUGAUUUUAUGAUAUUUUGGGAUUUAAGAUGUAUAAUUUAUGUGGACCCCAAACAAAAACACCAAACACUACAAAUAUUGCAAAACAACAACAAGCAUUAAUGUAUAGGAAUAUAUAUGUACUGUAUAGCUUAUAGUAAACUGUAUACCCGUAAAGACGGCACCCCAAGAACCAUCAGGGCUGUGUUCAAAAGGCCAGCCCAAAUAAGAUUUUGAUAUCGGCAUAUGUAGAUAGAUUUUUGAUAUCCUGAAAUUUUUAUCUUAUUAUAAUCCAAAUCACAUUGAAGGGUGGUUUAAAAUGAUAUUAUAAUCCGAUUUGUACAGAUGCUUCUCAGUCUGGAUUGCUCAGGAUGCUCAAAUUUCUCGGAUUGCAAUGAACAUUUUGCGUCACUCAUAACGACCUCCUCGCAAUCAAAUCCAGAGUGACGGGUCCAAGAAGAGUGCCAAAAGUUAGUAAUGCUGACCUCCAUACUACAGCAACCCAUGCAGAUACUCAUGUGAUGUUCAGAUAGACAAAUCUGAUAAUAGUGCAGAUGAUAGUGUGAACAGAUCUGAUUUUUGACAUAAUUUCAGAAAAAAGUCUUUAAUUAGAAUGUUUGAAAGUUAAAUUGGAUAUAAACUAAAAACAUAGCACUACAAAUCAGUCUGAAUGAGUCAAAAAGCUAAAAAUCAAAGUGACCAAGACCAGUGCCAUUUAUAUAUCAUAAAGAAAUCAGGAUGCCAAAUAUUUAAAGGGCCCAUACCAUACAACCAGAAUUGUUAUUGUUUUUUUGUUUUUUAAACCUUGUUAAACUAAACUAACUUUUAAUUAAUUGUAAAUGCCUUUACAUUACUCUAAAUACUCUAAGCUGCAUAAGUUUAGGCUGCAAGUUUCAGCUGCUAUGUCAAAAAUGCACUUUAAAAGUGACAGAUUCUUCAUAUACAGUGUUUUUAAGGACGGGUUUAUCCGUCCACAGCCCUCAGUUACACACAGUAACCAGAUGAUGUACAACAUGAAGUGAAACAUGAAAAACAGCACCAUGAAACCUAUCUAUUUUUUAAAAGAUAUAACUAUAAUUCAUUUCUGUAAGAAAAAAAAGAACGUUAGACUGUUCCAUAUAUUGGACCCAAUGGUUUCUUCGUAGUUGGAGUCUUCAUAGGACAGUCCUACUUAGGAUCCGCUCCAUACCUCUCAAGACUGCAGGCUAGACUUUGGGCUUAUGCAGCCUGUAUAUUAUAUUAUAUAUUCAGACUACAGUUACAGUGUUUACAGUGUAGCUUCACCCAUUCACACUGAAACUAUAAGUAGUGUAUCAGCACUGCUUUAUGAAUGGGGCUCUUCAAAAGUUCUUGAAUUGGUAUAUCGGUAGAUUUGGUUUAUUUUCAUUAAAACAUUUUGCUUUUAACACAAAACUAUAACAAUUAAAAAUGUAGGAUAUGGGCCCUUUAAAAUGUUGUAACAAAUACAAACACAGGGAGUAGAAUAUCCCUCAAAAUUCAGUUAAAAAGCAGGUCAAGCAACACAACAGCAAGCAAGGCUAAAACCCAGCUGCCAUCAGAUUUUUAUCGUUAUUGCUUUUUUUCUAUCUUAUGUAACUUUAUUGUUGUUUUUCUUUGCACAUGUGCAGUUAUAUUUAAUAUUCUGCACGCGUGCCAACUUCUUCCACCUGUGUUUUAUGCAUCAUAAUUAUGAUAUGGUUAUGCUACCUUGGUUCAAAACGAUAUAUCACCAACUGGCAACUGGCAGAGCUGCAUUUUAAGCUGAGUUUAGGGCUCCUGAGGGGAUUCUGGGCUUUGAGCAACAUUCUUUUCCUCCAAAUCAUCACUCAAGUUUUCUUUUUUCCUCCGUUUUGGAGGCUCGCCGCUCCACAUUUCAGUUCUCGUCUUUGUCUGAACCGUUGGUCAGGAAGCGAUAUUUGUGUCAGAGCUUAAUUUAAUGGGACGGCUUCAUGUGGAAAACAGAAAGUUCGGCGAAAUGAGAGAUUACUGCAGGGAAGAAAUGCAGAACUGGUUUGGACCAUCAAAGAAGCUUAAACUGGCUAGGAUUCCUGGUGAUACAGCAAAUGAAGACCCUUUACUGAAGCCCCUCCUCUUUUAUCAGACUGUCAAAUCAGAAUUUAACAACGUUAACCAGGGCUGGGCAGGUCUGACAAGCUCUCAGUAUGUGCAAAUAUGUGUUUGAUGACAUGAUAAAUAAAGAGACAGGGCCUACUGAUAUAGCCUACACAGGAUGUUCACGUGUUCAUGUGUACAGUGUGUUAACAGUUAGUUUUGUUACACAUUCUAUGAAUGGUAUGUCUAUUAGAUUCUAUAAACACACAAACAUACUCAUAACAUUAUAAUGCAUUCAUAAGGCAUUAUAAAAUUUCUUUAUAUACAUUGCAGCCAUGUUUUUUAAUGCAUUGUGAUUAUAAUGCAUCAUAAGCUGUACUUGCAAUAUGUUACAUCUGGAUAUGUAUGGACAUCUGACACUUGUACUUAAAGUGUACAACGACACAUUAUAAAACAUUAUAAAUGAAUAUAAGCUAUUAUAUUAUAUAACAUAAGUAUAUUUCAUGAGCAGUUAUAAGUAGUUAUAGCUUGUUUUGUUAAAGCAGCUUUGUUGGUGUUCUUAAUUUUCACAUGAAACAUAUUAUAAACACAGCUGAUUAUCAAUUAUGAUCACAAUUCAUAAUGCAUAAUAAACAUAGCUAUAAUGUCUUCCAUAUUUUUAUAAAUAUUUAUAGCCAUAUUUAUAAUGCUUUAUGAAUGCAUUAGUUUUAUACCAGUGUUAGUUUUCACUGCUUUUUAGAAAGCUGUGCAGCUGUUCAGAAAUCAUUAAUUCAAACAGAAAAUAAUUAAAUCUGUUACGUUACAGAAAGUGAAGUAUUUUACUAACUUUCAUUUAAUGCUGGACUUUUUGACCAAUUUUAGCCAAUGUAACUGAUCUAACUGAAGGCAUGUAGCUAACAGCUUGUUUUUUUAUAUUUGUACUUUUAAGAUUUAUAUAUAUAUAUAUAUAUAU